AUGAAGAGAUCUGAUCCUUAUAGAGGGACAUCCGACAAAAAGAAUACAGAUCGGUGUCCACACACUGACAGAUCUCCCCGAGAGAUGGACUGGCUCUUAGGACAGAGAAAGACAAGCAGGAAGAUGAAGGUGUUGGGGAUCACAUCCAGAGGACCUGAAAGUGACUUCUCAUGGUUGAAGUGCUUUGUCACACAGAAAUAUUCAGAUCUCUUUGAAGUGAAAUAUCUUCCAAUCUCCGACUACAACCGAGAAGAAUGGGAGGAGGAUGUGAGACUGUGCUCUGCCGUCAUUCUCUAUCACACCGAACACCAAGGAGAGAUUAAUAUCACCGAUGUAGAUGGCGCCUUAUAUGACAGUGAACUAUAUUACAUGAAUAAUAUUCUGGGCAGGGAGAAGGUGCUGGUCAUGUUGGAUAAUAUCAGUAAAGAGGAGAGAUGCAGAAUUCCAAAGACACUGCAAUCCCUGUCCGCUCAUCUCAUCUUCAUUCCUGAAAAAAACAAAUCUGAAGCCACAAAAAAGGAACUAACUGAAUUCUUUGAGGCUGUUUCAAAAGGUGUGAAGACAUCUCAGCAGGAGAGCACCGGAGUAACACCUAUAACUCAUCAAAGCCAAUCACCACCUCCUUCAUACAAGAUCGGCAUCUUCUCAAGGUCAGCAGAAAGUAAUUACUCCUGGCUUAUUGACAGUCUGAAGGCAGAUGACCACAUGGGGUCCCUUGACAUCAAAGCAGUCUGCAUAACGAAUAAUUAUAAAAUGUUCAGUUCAGCACUGAAAAACAUGCUGUUUCGCCAUUCUGUAUCACACAAAAAAGCAAGGAAGACUCAACAUCACCAAUGGUGAAAAUUCCUUGUAUGACAAUGAACUCCAGGACAUGGCAAAUUUCCUUGGAAAAGAAAAUGUGAUUGUAGUAGCUGAUGAUUUGAACAGCAAUGGGCCUGAAGAUAAGGAACGGAUUCUGAAAUCCCAGCCCCAUAUUCAUACCUUUGCUAACGAUUUGUUCUUAUUCAAGGAAAAGGAGAAACACAGAGAAAACCUGGAGAAAAUAAGAGCAAUCAUACAGAGAAGUGCGAGGACAUCUUCUUCAAAAGCAUCCGGAACUUUUGGUGAUACUGAUCAUCGUGACACAAUAAACAAUUCUAAAGGGAAACAUGAGGGGCUUUAUGCCGCUGGUUCUACAUCAGGCAAAUCAAGUAAGCCAAGUCCAUCACCACUUCAGCCAUACCAGAUCGGCAUUUUCUCAAGGUCACCAGAAAGUAGUUACACAUGGCUUGUUGAUAGCCUGAAGGAAGAUGAUCACACAGGAUCGCUUGACAUCAAAUCAGUCCGCAUAACUAAUAAUAAUAACACGUUCAGUUCAGCACUGCAAACAUGCCGGUUCGCUAUUCUGUAUCACACGCAAAACCACGGACGACUCAACAUCACCAAUGUUGAAAAUUCCUUGUAUGACAAUGAGCUCCGG